UGGCUAUUGCACGUUACAGCCAAUAAUCAUUUUCCAGCGUGUUGGCCCCAGUGACCGUUGAAUUUUGAAGUAUAAGAGUGCCGUUGAAAUUUGAAUUCUUCUCUAAUCCACAGCCCUUCGGAUUCCUACUUUCGUCGCCGCCAUGCCCCACAGAAAACCCUCAUAAAUCCUGUACAACUUUUUUCCUUCACCGCCGACCCAGUUCAAAACACCCCACAAAAAUCUCAUAAAAUUUUGAGACCUUUCUACGGCUCUCGUUACCCUCUAACUCUCAGGACGGCUAUCAAAGACCCACUGCAUCAGCCAGCAGAUCCAAUUUCUGCAGAUUUCAGUGGGCAACUGAAAAUGAUGAUGAGUUUAGGGUUUAUGCUAAGGUCUUCAAGUGGAAAUAGUUAGACAAUGUGUCUUUCAUCUUCUCGAUAGAUGAAAAUUGAGAAGGAAUUUGACUGAUUUAUUGAUCAUUCUACAGGUGAUGACUUCAAACGGCCUGGAUACCUUGAAUCCAUACAGGUCCAUGUGAGCAACCAAGAAUAAUAAUGACCGGGGUAGUUUUAUUUUGAUCCAUUAUGAUUGCAGUUCUGUUUGGAGUUCAAAAUUAUUGUGAUUGAGGGUUUGGAUUUUGGGGGUGACUUUGGGCUGCGAGACAUCUGGGUUUAUCUCUAUUUGUUUGUCAAUUCUGAUAUUGGGAUCCUAGAAAUAUUUGGUGGUUUAUUUGCUCAGGGAAAAAUUGGGAUUGGUUGAGGCAUUUACUGUAAUCCUUCUUUUUGUAGUUCACUCAAGGGCUAUUAUCUUAUCGGGGAUUUGGGCAUGGUGGGGCAGUUUGGAUUGGCUUGGUUAAACUAUCUUUUAUUAAAAGGGAGAAUAGUAAGGAAAUUAGUUCUGUAGAUUUAAAUAUUUUGGUAGUGAGAACAUCAGUUGCAGGUAAUUAAACAAUUAAAAUCUGAGGGCAUAUGUUGAGGCAUCGCUGGUUGAGGGCACAUCAGUGCUACUUCUAGACCUUUUUUAUUCUGUAUGGUGAAAGUCAAAACUGUAGGUGGAUAAGGGCAGUGAAUAUUUCCUUAUAGGGAAGAAUUUUCUGUAGGUGAUACAAAGAGGUACGUGAUAUGGAAUUUAAUGAAGUACAGGACCACAAGAAGUCAGAUGAAAAUCUGGCAAGGGAGCCUUUGGGAUUGACAGAGACUAAGAAGAAUGCUGCCCCCAAAAGGCCCCGGAAUAGAGAAGUCACCUCCAGAUUCAUGUCCUCAACAGUUUCCUCUUCUUCUGGUACAAGGUGCCUGUCCCCUGACUUUCAUUCCAAGCGUCCCCAGCCUAUUCCAAGGAAACCAACACCAUAUCCAAUGGAAUCAAAAAUAAAUAUUUUAGAAGGUCCCAAGCGUCCUGCAGGAGAGGCACUCAGGAGUUUAACAGUUUCAAUGCAUGCUGAAAAGUUUAAUUUGGAUCAGCCAACUGCAGUUACAAAACCAGGAAACACAACAGGGGAACCUCCUUCCAGGAUGGAAGCAACUGCAGAGAAGAAGCGUCUAGUAAUGUCACUGUUCAAGGAAGGCAGUGAAUACCAGUCUGAGAAUGCCAAACCUGUUGAAAAUAUUCUGCCCAAGCCUAAAACAGGGAAAUCACAUGUACAUCCUAUGAGUAGGAGUGUGAAUAUUAAUAAUGAAAAAUUCAGUAGGCCACCACAAGCCAGGGCAAGGAGUACUAAACCUAACACAGUGAAUAAAUCUGUUUAUGGACACAUUGGUGAUGAUGUACUAGCGUCAAACACCUCAAGGAUGGUUCCCUUAGAUGGCAGAGGAAGAGGUACAGCUUUGAAAGGGCCAGAAGGAAAUACAAUUAAAACAACAGAGGAGCCUACUGAGAUCAGGCCGUCAACAGCACAGGAGUUGAAGCAGGCUGAUACGGAUGGUGACACUGGCGCUGGUGACAUGCCAUCUAGCCCAGAGAGUAUGUCUUCUGAUUGCACUUCUCAGACUCUAAAUGCCACAAGGAGAAGUCAAGAAUGUACUAGCCAUGGUUUUUUUGUGCCAGCCAGAUUUUUGCAGGACACAAAUAGCAGAAGCAGGGGAUCAGCUGAAGUGAGGUAUUCAAUGCCAGAGACUGAUUUGUCGACUUCCACAUCAGUGAGAGUGAGAGGAACGGGGAACCUAGGGGCAGGCAAAUUAUCAAAAUCAACUAACCAAGGUCUCCCUCCACCCCUUCCUGGUUCUCAGCCAACAGUUUCACCUGUUAAAAUAAUCCCUGGUUCACCUUCUAGAUGUUUGCCAAGUCCAACAAAGGCAAGGAAGCAGGCAAUGUUACCCCCUACAGCAAAUUCCCAGAACGUUAGGAACAGCUUGGCAGGAUCAGUAGUCAACUUUUGUGCUGAUACACGGAAGGGAAAGAAAGGUGCUAACCACAUAGAAGAUGCUCACAUUUUUCGCUUGCUUUAUAACCGACAUUUACAAUGGCGAUUUGUCAAUGCUAAAGCAGAGUCUGCCAUGAAUGUACAGAAAGCUGCAGCUGAGAAAAUGCUUCACAAUAUGUGGAUGGCUACUUCAGAAUUGCAAGAUUCAGUAACAAUGAAGCGUAUUGAGCAGCAGAAAGCAUUCCAGGAAAACAAACUGAGGUCUGUUCUUUCGGGACAAGAGGCUUAUCUAGAAGACUGGACUUUGCUGGAGCAAGACCAUAUCAGUGUUCUUUCAGAAGCAAUAAAAAAUUUAGAGGCUGCCACACUUCGACUUCCAAUCACCAAUGGUGUAAAGGCUAAUGUACAAGAGGUGAAGGAAGCUCUCGAUUCAGCAGUUAAUAUGAUGGAUUCAGUGAGCUCUUCUGUCAGCAGUCUGUUACCCAAGGUAGAGAGCACGAGUACUUUAGUGUGUGAACUUGCAGCAGUAACUGCUCAGGAGAAAGCAAUACUGGAUGAAUGUGGAGACCUUAUAGCUACAAUGGGGAUGUUACAGGUGGAGGAAUCCAGCUUGAGGACGCAUUUGAUUCAGUUAAAACAAGACAAAUGCAGGGGAAGUAGAUGAGGAAGUAAUGACCAUUGUUGUUGCUCAUUAUAAUAUCUUCAUUUAUUUCCUGCAAAUGGUAAUCCUGCAUCAUUCUUUAUUUGUAAAAAUAUCAGUGUAGAAUAGUAAUGAGUUCAAUAUAUAAAAUAAUUGCGAAGGCAUUCUUGUAUGUUAAAAGCAUGUGAGGAAAUACAUUAAGAUCGAGUGCAAUGUACCUUAGGUGACCUCAAUGUCAAUGGUUCAGAUCUGGCUUAUAUCGAGCUCUACAAUUUUGACUAUGUGCCGUGCUGAGGCCAAUAAAUGUGUUGUUAAGCUGGAAUGCUUUUACAAGUUAAUAAAAUUUCUUUACAUCACAAAGAUCAAGCAUGUAUGCAACUUUGGGAUUUCUAAGA